GCGUUAAAAACACAUCUAAAAACAAAACCAGCAGAAUAUCCGUUAAAUCGCCGGGAAAAAUAUCGCGGAAUGAUAUUUUGAAUCUAGUUACGAAAAGUUAUAAACGGCACUUUUGAUAUAUUUUUGAACGGACGGCAGUGGAAUUCAAUUGGCUGCCUUAGCUUCCAAAAAUACUCGGUGCGUUUCACAAAUCAACCAAUAUAUAUACAUAAAUAUAUACCUGCUGAGCAUAUUGAAGCAGGCAGACAACAUAACAGCAAAAAUCAAAAAUAAAGGCAAAAGAAAUCAACAAAUAUAUACAUAUAACUGUAGCAACAACAAUCAAAAGUUAAUACGAAAGACCGGAGAAGUAAACAACAAGAGCGUAAAAAGCGUGCUUUUGCGUUCGUUGCCGCGUUAAAAUUAUAACAACAAAAAAAAAUAAAGAAAUGUGUACGAAAUUCCAAAAGUGCAAAUUUAUUUAAAUCACUCUGCUGCAGUGCCCAGUGCUCAACGUUCAAAGUUAACAACAGACGGAAAGCUACGCCGGCGGAGAAGUUGGCUAACGAACGGCAUCGGCGGCCCUAGACUGGAACACAAUUCGCGCGUCUAAUUGAAUUUGGUGCGGGAAUCGCGAAAACAGGAAAAUAAAUAACGAUAAAGCCUACCAACCAACCUGUGGCUCGGGCUUCGUUUUCAAUUCCAAUUCCGUUUUGUAUUUGGAUUUUGAUUGUGAUUUGUAUUUGGUUUUGCGAAUUGGACUUUUGUGCCGGGCGGUCAGCCAUCCGGAAGCCAAUCCAAAUGCAAUUGUUUUAAACAAAAGCUGAGCCGAGCUUUUCUACCUGUUAGACAACAAAUCAAGCGGCAGCCACAGCAACAAAAACAACAACAACAGCAUCAUGUGGUGCAUUGUUAACCUGCCCAACGGCACUCAGCAGGCCGUCAAAUGGGAUCCCAAAGCCAAUGGUCAGGAGUGUCUGGAGAAGGUCUGUUUGGCCCUGAACAUCAUCUGUGAAAUGGAAUACUUCGGCCUGGAGCACUGGACACCCAACCAGAAGGAGUCACGCACACGCCAAUGGAUCAACCUGCGCAACCGACUCUCCGGCGACAGCGGCAGCAGUGGCAGCGGCAUCCAGCUGAUGUUGGCCCUGCGCGUCAAGUUCUGGGUGCCAGUGCACUUCAUCCUCCAGGAGAGCGUGCGCAAUCUGUUUUACAUGCAGGCGCGUCGAGAUCUCCUCGAGGGACGCCUCACGGCGCCCGACUGGAGCGGAGCGGCCAAGCUGGCGGCCCUGCUCUGCCAGGCCGAUGGCCUGCGUUUCAAUGAGGCAUCUCUGCGGGCAGAGUGCCCCAUGAGGAUGCGGCGAGAGCUGGCCCAGCAGCAGGCACAGCAACAGCAGCAGGCCCAGCAGCAGCGGGUAGAGCAGCAGCGCAAGGAGAAGGAGCAUGUGCUCAGCUUCAAGAAGCGUCGCCUGUCCAAGCAAAAGUCCAUGGAACACAUCGAGACCUGCACGACGCUGCCGGCGGCCAAUCCGGCCACAAGUUGCAGCCUUCAGCCCUCGCCAUCCGCAUCCGCUUCAGCCUCAGCCUCCGCCUCCACAUCCGCCUGCUCGCAAACGCACUCGAACAGCAGCUCCAGCAGCCCCAGCAACAGCAGCAGUCAGACGGGUCUGGACGAGCGCCUGGCCAGCAAUCAGCUUCGCAUGUACGAGGACUACCUGAUCCAGCCGAGCAGCUCGGAGGGUGAGCCGCCAGCGGACUUUCUGCGCCAGAUUGCCAUCGAACACAGCAAGCUGGCCAAGCUGCAAAUGAGCCUCAAGUCGGCCAAGUACUGGCUGCUCCAGUCCAUCCAGGAUCUCGAGGGUUAUGGCGAGGAGCUUUUCAGCGGCGUGACCACCAAUGAGAGUGCCACCCGCUGUGACAUAGCGGUGGGCGCCCACGGCAUCACCGUCUGCCGGGGGGGUGAGAAACAAAGCAUCCCCUUUGGCGCGAUUGCUGCGGCCAAGUCGCUGCGUCGCACCUUCAAGCUGGAGUACGUGGAUGAUCACAACGAUCGCAAGGAGCUGGAGAUCAAGCUGCCUAAGCAGCCCAUUGCCGCAGGACUAUACCGUUCCAUCACCGAGCGUCACGCCUUCUACGUGUGCGACAAAGUGCGGGGCGUGGUGACCAAUCAGUUUACUCGUGACCUCAAGGGCACCAUUGCCUCCAUGUUCUCGGAGAACACGGAGCUGGGCAAGCGCUAUGUCUUUGACAUUCAGCACACCUGUCGCGAGGUGCACGACCAGGCCAGGAGGACACUGCACGAACGGGGUGGCGAUUUGUUGACUGAGGUGUCAUCGGACGGAGCCGAAGGCUAUUCAGCUGCCGCUGGAGGAGGAGGAGGAGACGGUGCCGCUGCCGAUGCCUUUGGGGCAAUGAUGAUGCCAUUGGCGGGAAGCAGCAGCUCCAUGGCCGGCAAGAUAGAUUUGGCCAUUCGCGAGAAGGAGGCGCGUGAGGCGGCGAUUGAGCGCUGCGUGGACACGCGCAUUUCGGAGGCCAUGCAGUGCAAGAUCUGCAUGGAUCGCGCCAUCAACACAGUGUUCAAUCCGUGCUGUCACGUCAUCGCCUGUGCCCAGUGCGCUGCGAGAUGCAGCAACUGUCCCAACUGUCGGGUGAAGAUAACUAGCGUGGUCAAAAUCUAUCUGCCGCCGGAGCUGCGCACCAGCCAAUCCGGCAGCGGCGCCACAACCACCACCACCACCAGCAGCAGCAAUGCCGAUGGCCAUACGACAGAGGUUGAGGAGCUGCAGCUGGAGGAGAUCUCCUCGGACAUGGCGGCCACCUCGAGCGGAAUGAUGGGAACAGCAGCGGGAGCUGGGGCAGAGGCAACAGGACCUGGCGGACAGCCGAAGGUGACGACGGCCGCCUAGAAUUGGUUGUGCUCGCUGCUGUUCCGGCUGAUGGAAUGGGUGUGCGUGCCGAUUGUCUGAGAACCAACUUGAUCCACUAAUAUUCUAUGACCACAACCUAAAAGGGGAACAAAACCAACAAAAAGAGAAGCAAGAGCUAGCGAGCUAGCAACAUGCAACGUGCAACGUGCGGCAGAAAUUCUUUGUGGUUGAAAGGGCUUAGGAGGAGUAGUCAGUCUGUCAACAAUCUUAGCUCUAUCUUUACUCAAGUAUUUUACGGAUAUAAGCAACUGAAAACUGUAACUUUAACUGUAACUGUAACAUUAACUGUAACUCUAACUGUAACACUAACUUUAACUGUAACUGUAAACUAGUUGCUAGCGAUAUACACACGAUAUUUACUAUAUUUAUAGAUGUACGGACUUCGAGAAAGUGCUAUUCAAACUCGUCUAAGACUUCACUGCAUAGCCUAUGCCUAGAAUCUAUAACUGCAGAUUGUUUCAUAUUCAUAUACAACACCUGUAUACACAUAGAUAUAUUUACGAUCGUUAUAGAUCAGCGAUACCUUAUACGAUAUAUAGCCUAGCCCUUGAAUGUACAACAUAGUUACUUACUAAAUGUUAGCAAUUUUACCAACUAAACUCGAGAUGUAUUUAUUAACUCCUAAAACUCUUUAGUAUUCUUUCUGACCCCCUGCCUCCCGAUUCCCCCAAUUCUCAUCAUAUAUAUAUAUAUACUUUAUGAAUAUAUAGGACAAGCGUACAAUAAUCGCAAACCCAAGGAGCAAAGUAGUACUAAGUACCUGCAAAAAAACAAACAAACAAAACAAGAAACAGAACACGAAACACGAAAAGUAUCUCUGCAGCGGAUAUUACGUAUAGUCAAUAAUUAAUGUUAACAAUGUUAUACUACAUAUAUACCUAUAUAUAUAUACAUAUAUAAAAGAAAAAACCAAUGAAAAAACGUAAA